AGAGAUGGCGACUGCAGCUUGGCUGCUGGGUCGGCGUGUGGCGAGCUGGAGGCUGCGGCCGCCACUGCAGCCCCUCGCCGGCUUGAUUACCCAGCGGGCCAACUCGCUGUUGCCAGUGGACGAUGCAAUCAAUGGGCUAAGCGAGGAGCAGAAGCAGCUUCGUCAGAUCAUGGCUAAGUUCCUUCAGGAACAUCUAGCCCCCCAGGCCCAGGAGAUUGAUCGGAGCAAUGAGUUCAAGAACCUGCGAGAGUUUUGGAAGCAGCUGGGGAACCUGGGAGUCUUGGGCAUCACAGCCCCUGUUCAGUAUGGCGGCUCGGGCCUGGGCUACCUGGAACACGUGCUGGUGAUGGAGGAGAUAUCCCGAGCCUCCGGAGCAGUGGGUCUCAGUUACGGUGCCCACUCCAACCUCUGCCUCAACCAGCUUGUGCGCAACGGAAGCGAGGCCCAGAAGGAGAAGUACCUCCCCAAGCUGAUCAGCGGUGAAUACAUUGGUGCCCUGGCCAUGAGUGAGCCCAAUGCUGGCUCCGAUGUUGUCUCCAUGAAGCUGAAAGCAGAAAAAAAAGGAGAUCACUACAUCCUGAAUGGCAACAAAUUCUGGAUCACCAAUGGCCCCGAUGCUGACGUCCUUAUUGUCUAUGCCAAGACAGAUCUGGCUGCUGUGCCAGCUUCUCGGGGCAUCACAGCCUUCAUUGUGGAGAAGGAUAUGCCAGGUUUCAGCACCUCCAAGAAGCUGGACAAACUGGGGAUGAGGGGCUCGAACACCUGCGAGCUAAUCUUUGAAGACUGCAAGGUUCCUGCUGCCAACAUCCUGGGCCAUCUAAGUAAGGGUGUCUACGUGCUGAUGAGUGGGCUGGACCUGGAGCGGCUGGUGCUGGCCGGCGGGCCCCUCGGGAUCAUGCAGGCCGUCCUCGACCACACUAUUCCCUACCUGCACGUGAGGGAAGCCUUCGGCCAGAAGAUCGGCCACUUCCAGCUGAUGCAGGGGAAGAUGGCAGACAUGUACACCCGCCUCACGGCCUGCCGGCAGUACGUCUACAAUGUUGCCAAGGCCUGUGACGGGGGCCACUGCACCGCCAAGGACUGCGCCGGCGUGAUUCUUUACUCGGCCGAGUGCGCCACACAGGUCGCCCUGGACGGCAUCCAGUGUUUGGGUGGCAAUGGCUACAUCAACGACUUUCCCAUGGGCCGCUUUCUGAGAGAUGCCAAGCUGUAUGAGAUCGGGGCUGGGACCAGUGAGGUGAGGCGGCUGGUCAUCGGCAGAGCCUUCAAUGCAGACUUCCACUAACCCCAAGACCCUUCGCCUCCUUUCCCAGCACCUAGAGGCCUUUCUCUGGAAGGAGAGACGUGGCAGCUCUCCUCCAGGCAGGCCCUGCCCACCGGCCCAGGAGGUGUGCAGCAGCUUAACAUGGAACCCUCAGGAAGCAUGCGGGCUUUCUGGGGCUUGAUGGGAGGACUUUGGUGACUCUGUGCCCUUGCUCUCUAACUUCGAGCCUGAUGCCUUCCCUCCUCCCAGGGUGGGCACCUUAUGUUCUGGUGAGCCUCUGCCAAGGAACCCUCUGCUCAAGUACACCAGAAGCAUUGCCCCUCUCCUUCAUUUGAACUUGGUAGCCUCUUUUCUUUCUGGGGAAAAAUACCCCCAAAACCUAGCCUUUGUUUCUGCAAAUGUCUCGAGGCAUCAGCUCCCAGCAGCUUGCGAGUGGGCACCCUCUCUGCAGCAGCCCCUCCAUCCCUCAUUCUCUACAGCCGAAAUCCUGCCGCUGGGGUGGAGCUCUGGGAAUAGGCAUCUCAGAACACCUGUGCCACCCACAGUCCACGGUGGGGCAGAGGUCAGCGUGCCCGUGAAGGACGGGCUUAGUGCCUCCAGCACAGCGCUGCUGCUGCCACCGUCCAGUCCUGGCCAUGUGACAGCCCACAGCUGACUGGGCAGCAGGCUGUGUUGGCUGGCUCCACUCCAGCCAAGGCUGCCUGCGUACAUUUCUCUGGACACCCUAUGGCUAAUUUUGUUACAACUGCACAGCGGCUGCUGCCAUUUUGUAUUAAACGUAUCAUGAAGAAAA